UUGUUGCUGGUAUAUAUGUAUAAUUUUAACAAGUGUGAAAUAAAGCUGCUGGGGAACACUGGUCUGCCCGGGAGGCCUGCUCAGGCUCUGGCAUCACCGUCACCGUCCCUCCCUCCCUCACGGGCUCCCCUGCUUCCCGCAGCCCCGCUAGGACUGUACUUCUCCAGGGAUGCUUACUGGGAGAAGCUGUACGUGGACCAGCCGGCCGGCACGCCCCUGCUGUACGUCCACGCCCUGCGAGAUGUCCCCAAGGAGGUACCCAGCUUCCGCCUGGGCCAGCACCUCUACGGCGCCUACCGCACGCGGCUGCAUGAGAACGACUGGAUCCGCAUCCAGGAGGACACGGGGCUUCUCUACCUGAACCGGAGCCUGGACCACAGCUCCUGGGAGAAGCUGAGCAUCCGCAACGGCGGCUUCCCCCUGCUCACCGUCUACCUCCAGGUCUUCCUGUCACCAGCGUCCCUUCGCGAGGGCGAGUGCCAAUGGCCGGGCUGUGCCCGAGUGUACUUCUCCUUCAUCAACGCCUCCUUUCCAGCUUGUGGCGCCCUCAAACCCCGGGAGCUCUGCUUCCCCGAGACAGGCCUGUCCUUCCGCAUUAGGGAAAACAGGCCUCCUGGCACCUUCCAUCAGUUCCGCCUGCUGCCUGUGCAGUUCCUCUGCCCCAAUGUCAGCGUGGCCUACAGGCUCCUGGGAGGUGAGAGCCUGCCCUUCCGCUGCGCUCCGGACAGCCUGGAAGUGAGCACGCGCUGGGCCCUGGACCGCGAGCAGCGGGAGAAGUAUGAGCUGGUGGCCGUGUGCAGCGUGCGCGUCGGCGCGCGCGACGAGGAGGUGAUGGUGCCCUUCCCCGUGACUGUGUACGACGAGGACGACUCAGCGCCCACCUUCCUCGGGGGCGUCGACACCGCCAGCGCCGUAGUGGAGUUCAAGCGGAAGGAGGGCACAGUGGUGGCCACACUACGUGUCUUCGAUGCAGACGUGGUGCCAGCAUCCGGGGAGCUCCUGAGACGGUACACAAGCACGCUGCUCCCUGGGGACGCCUGGGCCCUCCAGACCUUCCGAGUAGAGCACUCACCCAACGAGACCUUGGCCCAGGCCAACGGCAGCUUUGUGCGCGCAACCGUGCAUGACUACAGGCUGGUUCUCAACCGGAGCGUCCCCAUCUCGGAGAGCCGUGCUGUGCAGCUGGCUGUACUGGUCAACGACUCGGACUUCCAGGGCCCCGGGGAGGGCGUCCUCCUCCUCCACUUCAACGUGUCGGUACUGCCCGUCAGCCUGCAUCUGCCCAGCGACUACUCCUUUGCCGUGAGCAGGCGGGCUCGCCGCUUCGCCCAGAUUGGGAAAGUCUGUGUGGAAAACUGCCAGGAGUUCAGCGGCAUCCACGUGCAGUACAAGCUGCAGUUACCCAGUGCCAACUGCAGCGCGCUGGGGAUGGUCACCUCGGCCGAGGACACCACGGGCACCCUGUUUGUGAAUGACACCGAGGUCCUGCAGCGCCCCGAGUGCACCCAACUCCAGUACACGGUGAUGGCCAUUGACCGGCCGACCCGCAGGCAAGCCCAGGCCGCCCUGCUCGUCACCGUGGAGGGGACAUACAUGGCUGAGGAGCCAGGCUGCCCCUUGUCCUGCGCGGUCAGCAAGAGGCGGCCCGAGUGUGAGGAAUGCGGCGGCCUGGGCUCUCUGACGGGCAGGUGCGAGUGGAGACAAGGAGACGGCAAAGGGAUCACCAGGAACUUCUCCACCUGCUCCCCCAGCAUCAAGACCUGCCCCGAUGGCCACUGUGAUGCCGUGGAGAGCAAAGAUGCCAACAUCUGCCCCCAGGACUGCCUCCGGAGCGGCAGCAUCAUCGGUGGGCAUGAGCCAGGGGAACGCAGGGGGAUUAAAGCUGGCUUCGGCAUCUGCAACUGCUUCCCCGAGGAGAAGAAGUGCUUCUGUGAGCCGGAAGACAGCCAGGACCUGCUGUGUGAUGAGCUCUGCCGCACGGUGAUUGCGGUGGCCGUGCUCUUCUCCUUCAUCGUGUCUGUGCUGCUCUCCACCUUCUGCAUCCACCGCUACCACAAGAACGCCCACAAGCCACCCAUUGCCUCCGCUGAGAUGACCUUCCGACGGCCCGCCCAGGCCUUCCCGGUCAGCUACUCCUCAUCCGGCACCCGCCGGCCCUCAACUGACUCCAUGGAGAACCAGGUCUCUGUGGAAACUUUCAAGAUCCCGGAGGAUCCAAAGUGGGAAUUCCCUCGGAAGAACUUGGUUCUUGGCAAAACUCUGGGAGAAGGCGAAUUUGGAAAAGUGGUCAAGGCAACGGCCUUCCGGCUGAAAGGCAAAGCGGGGUACACGACUGUGGCUGUGAAGAUGUUGAAAGAGAACGCCUCCACAAGUGAGAUGCGGGACCUACAGUCAGAGUUCAACCUCCUGAAGCAGGUCAACCACCCACAAGUCAUCAAGCUGUACGGGGCCUGCAGCCAGGGUGGGCCGCUCCUCCUCAUCGUGGAGUACGCCAAGUACGGCUCCCUGCGGGGCUUCCUCCGAGAAAGCCGCAAGGCAGGGCCCGGCUACAUGGGCAGCGGAGACAACCGCAGCUCCAGCUACCUGGACAACCCGGAGGAGCGGGCCCUGACCAUGGGCGACCUCAUCUCCUUCGCCUGGCAGAUCUCGCGGGGGAUGCAGUACCUGGCCGAGAUGAAGCUCGUCCAUCGGGACUUGGCGGCCAGAAAUGUCCUGGUAGCCGAAGGGCGCAGGAUGAAGAUCUCGGAUUUUGGUCUGUCCCGAGAUGUUUAUGAAGAGGAUUCCUACGUGAAGAGGAGCAAGGGUCGGAUCCCAGUCAAAUGGAUGGCCAUCGAGUCCCUUUUCGAUCAUAUCUACACCACUCAGAGUGAUGUGUGGUCCUUCGGUGUCCUGCUGUGGGAGAUUGUGACCCUAGGGGGCAACCCCUACCCUGGGAUUCCUCCAGAGCGGCUCUUCAACCUUCUGAAGACAGGCUACCGGAUGGAGAGGCCAGACAACUGCAGUGAGGAGAUGUACAGUCUGAUGCUGCAGUGCUGGAAGCAGGAACCGGACAAGCGGCCAGUGUUCGCUGACAUCAGCAAAGACCUGGAUAAGAUGAUGGUUAAGAGCAGAGACUACCUGGACCUGGCCGCACCCACCCCAUCCGGCUCCCUGCUGUAUGACGACCUCUCGGAGGAGGAGAUGCCCCUGGUGGACUGUAGUAGCGCUCCCCUCCCUCGAGCCCUCCCCUCCACGUGGAUCGAAAACAAACUCUAUGGCAUGUCAGACCCGAACUGGCCUGAAGAGAGUCCUGUACCACCCACGAGAGCCGAUGGCACUAACACUGGGUGUCCAAGAUAUGCAAAUGAUAGUGUAUAUGCUAACUGGAUGGUUUCACCCUCAGCGGCACAAUUAAUGGACGCGUUUGAUAGUUAACAUUUCUUUGGGAAAGGUAAUGGACUCACAAGGGGGAGAAACAUGCCAAGAACGGAAAGGCUGCCGGCCCCUCCUUGUGCAUUUCACACUGGCUGGUGAUUUUCCCUCCCAGCAGACGUAGCGCACUGGGACCCCCACACACUCCGUGCUCACACGUGUGGGUUCCUCACUCACUACCUGAACUGUUGGAUUUUUCUGGUUGCCACCCAAUGAGGCAACACAGUUUAAACAUGAAGCACACACACACAUACACCCACACACACAAAGGCAGCAGGAAAACACAAGAUCUGGCCCAGAUGAUACAUCUCUGUUCAGAACGAGAGCUCGGCCAGGCCUUGUCAUGAUGUCAAUGCCCAGCCAGGGCUGGAGGGAAAGAGGGGACCUCGGGACAGGACUCUGCUCAGCAUUUGAGAUCCUGAGAAUUUUUUUUUUUAAAUCGUGUUACCUUUUCUUAGGAAGAUGUAUGAUUUUUUUAUCAUGAUCAAAAUGAUUCUUAGACUUAGCACAAUGGAGAGAUGUGUUGCCGUAUUUGCUGUGUCAACAGGCGGGGUGAGAAAAGGGGGCUCUCAAGACACAUCUGUCCCCGUUGCUGAGGGAUCGCUCCCCCACCCCCAACAGAGAAAGGUACGGAGGAAAAGGGCGUCCAAGGGGAGUGCCUCCUGUGCAAGGGUUGCUGACAGCAGAGACUUCCCUGCUGUGAAUCCCACUCCCACCACCACACACACAUCCAGCACCAAAAGGCGGUGGUGGCCCAUCUCACAUGCUAGUGGGUGGGACUUGUGCUCAGUUUAAAAGGGACAGUUCAGCUAGUUACAUUCAAAGUAGCCUCAACAAUAAGCAAGGGCCACUACACCUCUGAUUACAGUUCUGAUGUGGAAAAGACAAUGUCUUGGCUCUCAUAGAGCUUGUGUGAGAAGGUACAUGUCUUCACUUUUCCUGUGUUUGUCACUGAAAGCUGCUACAGCCCGACAUUUUUGUUUCUUACGUUCUGACCAUGACUCAUAAGCUUCUUGUCAUUCUUCACUGCUUGUUUGUGGUCACAGGCACUCACCGCUCCUCCCAUCCUGCGGGGGUGGCUUUCGGGAAGUCCCAGCGGCUCUUCUUUCUGUCUCAGCGCUGUAACCUUGCAGGAGAGGGUCGGUUACCAAAACACUGCCUGGUCUUCAGACUUAAAGCACUGUGAGCGGACUUACGGUCAUCUCCUGAAAAUACUGUACUUUAUAGGCAUUUCACAAAAGCAGUAAAAUUAGGGCAUUUUUGUGGCCAGGAAGGUUUGGAUGAGUAUGUGGAGGAGCCUCAUGGGGCGGGGAGGGUUGGGGAGGGGUGGAGUCUGUGCACACACAGCCGGGGAAAGCUCUGGAAAAACACUUACUGCAGAUGCAGCGUGGCUUAGGUUUAUAUUUGGGCCAUUGUCCAGAUACACUGUGAUAAGUUCUUUUACAACUAUCUAGUUGCAGUAAACUUUGGGGUUUCAGAUGUGCUUAAAGAUAGUCUUGUUAAAUGCGGAAGUAGGAAUAAACUCAAAAAUGCCUACUCGGUAAGUGGAGUGGCCACAGCAGGUUUGUCCUCGGCAGGGUGAGAACUCCAGGUCUAACUGGCUGACCCAGUGGAAUUAACCCUUGACUCAUUAUCUAAUGUCUAUUCCUAAGUUAUGAAAGUACUCGUAUCAAUUAGUCCUAUCAGACAGAAUUUUCAUAUGCAUAUAUGCAGAAGUUACUGAGUGUUAAGUAUUACUGAGUAUUAAGUAGCACUCUGUCAGUGAUUGAUUAAACUUUGUUAAAUCUAUUUAUGAAAGGUUAUUAUUAAACCAUACCGUGUUAAUUUGUAAUCAAGGUGACUAAGAAAGUGAUUUCAGUCCUGUAAAUAAAAUCAUGUAUCGUAAA